AUGGGCGAUUUCAAUAUUGAUCUCCUCAAAUCUGAAAUUUCCGAUUACUCCCAAAAUUUUUUGUUAUCUUUACAAUGUUAUUCGUUCUUCCCGGUAAUUGAUAAACCAACUAGAGUCUACAAUAAUUCUGCCACACUCAUUGAUAAUAUAUUUCUGAAUAGAUUUGAUCAUAAAAUUUCAGGUGGAAAUAUCGUGUCAGACAUUAGUGAUCACUACUCCCAAUUUUGUUUUAUCCACAGUCUUAUACCAAAAAAUUUUACUGCUAAACAUAAAAUUCGCGAUUAUUCCAACUUCUCUGAAGAAUGCUUUAUUAAUGAUGUCUUGGAUACUGAUUGGGAUAACUCAAUGACAUAUGGAUCUGUAGACAAAUGCUUUUCUUCCUUUUACAAUAAAUUUAACAAGCUCAUUAAUAAACACGCUCCUCUCAAAAUCUUAUCUAGGCGCAAGGCUAAACAAUUUUCCAAACCGUGGAUAACUAAGGGCCUACGUAAAUCUAUCAAAAUAAAGAAUAGACUCUUUUAUUCAGGAGAUAUCUCAAAAUAUAAGCUGUAUAGGAAUAGAAUUGUUACUCUUUCUCGUCUCAGUAAAAGAUUGUAUUAUGAAGCUUACUUCACUACAAAUCUAAGAAAUGUUAAAAAAACGUGGGAGGGGAUUAAUGAACUAUUGAACAGACAGCGUAACAGAAAAAACAGUAUCAGCCCUUCAACGCUCUAA